CUCAGCUGAGCGAGGCUGCUCUGCUGCCUGCAGAAAUAAGAGACAAUUACAGGCUGGGAGAGGAGAGCGGCGCAGAAGAGCAGGGUGCUCCUCCUCCCUCCCUCUCUCUCUCUGUUCUCCCUCUUGCUUUCUCUCUCUCUCUCUUUCUCUCCUGCACCCUCGCUCAUUCUCUCUCUCUCUCUCUUUCACACACGCACACUCACACGCAUCUACAUACACCCUGGCACGCUCACUCUCACCCUCCCUGGGCCAAUUACAAUAUUCAUCAGCGGCAAGAUAGCAAGGCUGUGUAUUUGUGCGGAGCGUGUGCGCGUUCCCUUCUUGCUCGCUCGCUCGCUCUCCGUCUCUCUCUCUCUCUUUCUCUCCUUCUAUCUAACCGGCAGGGGGAAAAGAGAGAGAGAGAGAGAGAGGAGGGGGGCCCAGUUUCAUCGCCUUUGCAACUGAGGUCCCAGGAUUCUUGAGCUGUGCCCAGCUGACAAGCUUUUGAAGAUGGCACAAUAACAGUCCAGUGAUGCCUGACCAUGACAGCACAGCCCUCUUAAGCAGGCAAACCAAGAGAAGAAGAGUUGACAUUGGAGUGAAAAGGACGGUAGGGACAGCAUCUGCAUUUUUUGCAAAGGCGAGAGCGUCGUUUUUUAGUGCCAUGAAUCCCCAAGGUUCAGAGCAGGAUGUUGAGUAUUCAGUGGUGCAGCAUGCAGAUGGGGAGAAGUCAAAUGUGCUCCGCAAGCUGCUGAAGAGGGCGAACUCCUAUGAAGAUGCCAUGAUGCCUUUUCCAGGAGCAACCAUAAUUUCCCAGCUGUUGAAAAAUAACAUGAACAAAAAUGGUGGCACGGAGCCCAGUUUUCAAGCCAGUGGUCUCUCCAGCACAGGCUCAGAAGUGCACCAGGAGGAUGUGUGCAGCAACUCUUCAAGAGACAGCCCCCAAGAGUGUCUUUCCCCUUUUGGCAGGCCUACCAUGAGCCAGUUUGAUAUGGAUCGGUUAUGCGACGAGCACCUGAGAGCGAAGCGUGCCCGGGUUGAGAAUAUCAUUCGGGGGAUGAGCCAUUCCCCCAGCGUGGCAUUACGGGGCAAUGAAAACGAAAGAGAGAUGGCUCCGCAGUCCGUGAGUCCCCGGGAAAGUUACCGGGAGAAUAAACGCAAGCAAAAGCUGCCUCAGCAGCAGCAGCAGAGCUUCCAGCAGCUGGUUUCGGCUCGGAAAGAACAGAAGCGAGAGGAGCGCAGACAGCUGAAACAGCAGCUGGAGGACAUGCAGAAACAGCUGCGCCAGCUGCAGGAGAAGUUCUACCAAAUCUACGACAGCACAGAUUCGGAAAACGACGAAGACGCCGGCAACCUGUCCGAAGACAGCCUGCGCUCGGAAAUGCUGGACGCCCGGGCCAGAGAUUCGGUGGGCAGGUCAGAUCAUGAGAUGUGCGAGCUGGACCCGGGGCAGUUCAUCGACCGCGCCCGAGCCCUGAUCAGGGAGCAAGAGAUAGCGGACAACAAGCCCAGAAAGGAAGGCCCCAAAGAGAAAGAACACGGGCCGCACUCUUUCCACCCGGAAGGCAAGCACCUAGCCGAGACCCUCAAGCAGGAGCUGAACACUGCCAUGUCUCAGGUGGUGGACACUGUGGUCAAGGUUUUCUCAUCCAAGCCCACCCGCCAACUUCCUCAGGUCUUCCCGCCUCUCCAGAUCCCCCAGGCCAGAUUUGCUGUGAAUGGGGAGAACCACAACUUCCACACAGCCAACCAGCGCCUCCAGUGCUUUGGUGAUGUCAUCAUUCCAAACCCGCUAGACACCUUUGGCAAUGUGCCACUGCCUAAUUCCACAGACCAAACGGAAGCGCUGCCCCUAGUUGUCCGCAAGAAUUCAUCGGACCAGUCGGCCUCUGCCCCUCCUCCCGGCAGCCACCACCCGGCUCUCCAUCAAUCUCCACUGGCGGCUACAGCAGGCUUCACGUCCUCCUCCUUCCGCCAUCCCUUUCCGCUACCCCUUAUGGCCUACCCAUUUCAGAAUCCCUUAGGCGCUCCUUCUGCCUCCUUUCCAGGAAAAGACAGAGCCUCCCCAGAAUCCUUAGAUUUAACAAGGGAGACCACAAGUCUGAGGACCAAGAUGUCAUCGCACCACAUGAACCACCACCCUUGCUCACCAGCACACCCUCCCAGCACCGCUGAAAGCCUCUCUAUAUCUCUCAUCAAGUCCGAGUGUGGUGACCUACAAGAUAUUUCCGAAAUCUCACCUUACUCGGGGAGUGCGAUGCAGGAAGGUCUGUCUCCCAACCACUUGAAAAAGGCCAAGCUCAUGUUCUUUUAUACCCGCUACCCAAGUUCCAACAUGCUGAAAACGUACUUUUCAGAUGUAAAGCAUCAUUCAUCCAGAAGAAGCCCAAAGUGCUUUACAAACAGCCAAUAUAGGGAUCAUUCACCCACCACUGAAAGGCAGCCACUUCCGUGGUGGAAGGCAACAGCCAUUCGGGGUCAGCAACACCACACACCAGUAGAUUUCAACAGAUGUAUUACCUCUCAGCUCAUCAAGUGGUUUAGCAAUUUCCGUGAGUUCUACUACAUUCAGAUGGAGAAGUAUGCACGCCAAGCCAUCAACGACGGGGUAACAAGCACUGAAGAGCUGUCCAUAACCAGAGACUGUGAGCUGUACAGAGCCCUCAACAUGCACUACAAUAAGGCAAAUGACUUUGAGCAGGUUCCAGAGAGAUUCCUGGAAGUGGCUCAGAUCACAUUACGAGAGUUUUUCAAUGCCAUUAUCGCAGGCAAAGAUGUUGAUCCUUCCUGGAAGAAGGCCAUAUACAAGGUCAUCUGUAAGCUGGACAGUGAAGUUCCUGAGAUUUUCAAAUCCCCAAACUGCCUCCAAGAGCUUCUCCAUGAGUAGAGAUUUCAACCACUAUUUAUGAAUGUAUAAAAAAUUAGCAGACCCCAUUUUUGAUGCCCAUGUUGUGCAUGUGAGUGUGUGUGUGUGUCUAUAUUAAUUUCAUUCAUAUAUAUAUAUAUAUAUAUAUAUAUAUAUAUAUAUAUAUAUGGACUCAGAUAAGAAUCCACCAUGAGUAUUUUUAUUUGAUAAGUAACAAGUUGAUAAUUAUUUUAACUCCAAGUUUUGUUUUACUUUUGCCCAUGAUUUUUAAUAUUUGGAAGGGGAAACAAUUGGGUUACUUUUCUUUUUCAGGGAGAAGAAUGUUUUGAAGUGUGUGCAAGCCUGUUUUAGUAAGUUUAGGGCAUUACAUUUUGCUACAAAGUGGCAUUUUGUCUUAGACAAAUGUCGCAUCGCAAUCCUACAAUGAUGUUUCCUUCGUUUGCACGAAGCUCGCGGCUCUAGGGAGGCAUUUUACAAGCGUAGAGCUUUCUAAAUUUUAGCUCAACUGUUCAUUGAAGGCGGUAGAUUUUUUGUGUUAUAGUUUAGAAGACAUAUAAACAACCCUUUCAGUUACUUAGACGUCAAAAGCAGUAUCUAUCCACACCAGUCUUCAUGCUUUUCUCUUACAAGAACAACAUAUGCCCCCCAAAUCAUUUUGCCCCAUUUUCCAGUGCCCCUAGAUGCUGCUGUAGCCAUGUGCAUCUUCUGCCAUAUACCCUAUUGCAAUGUUCUUCAACCUUCUGUCCCCAGAUAGUGUAAGGUCAUAAAACCAUAUAAUUGGAAGGGACAACAUUCAUCAUUGGACAACAGUUCUCAUCAGCCACAGCCAUUAGCCAAUGGUUAGGGAAGAUGGGAGUUGUAGUCCAACAACAUCUGGAGACUCAAGAUUGAAGAAAACUGCUCUACUGCAGUGAUUUCCCCACCUUGACCAUCCCUUCAGUAAGGUUGGGAAUGGCGAUGAAGAGUUUCUGUGAACCCACCGCAGGCCUGAAAAGGCUCGAUUUUGGAUUGGACCAAGAUUCCAGCAAGGUUCGGGUCCAAACAGAUUAGGGAGAUGGAGCUAGAACCCCAAAUUCCAAUGCCGAGAGUUUCGCUCACUUUGGGGCUUUGCUCCCACCACUGUUCACCUAAAUCUUGCCACCACCACCACCCAACUGCAUUUCAAACAAAGCAAUACUGCACAAAACAUAAAGUAAAUUAAGGCAAGGGGUUUUGGUGUUAUCGAAGAGGCUAUACACAGCAUUCUAGGAGCGAUUUUAAGUGUCAUAAUAAUACUGUCAGCUUAUAAAAGCAGUAGUAUUUCACUCUCCGUAGAGUAAAAAACAAAAACAAACUCUUGCAUGGCUCUCAGCCAUAGCUGAGCAUUUUUAAGUCCCAUUAUUUCACCAGUAAAUAUUGUGGUAACUCUCUCCUGUGGGAAUCGGUGUGCCUUUAAGGUUACAAUCCUAUGCACACAUACUCGGGGAGGUAUGUGCCAUGGAACCUAGAACUUACUUCUGAAUAGAUGUUGUUAGGAUUAAUCCGCUUUAUUAAGGUGUCCUUUCCCUUUACCACACUGAACAGUCAGGUUUCCCCCACAUCCUGGGAGCCAUCUUUAUCAAAAUACGUUCCUCUGUCCCAACCAGACCCUCAAGUGGUGUAUAUAUUUGAUAUUUCACAUUUUUACCUGAAAAGCAAUGUUUGAAAUUACCCUUUCAUCUGAGAAACACUGUAACAUACCUUUGCUUUAUUCUAAAAAUUAAUUGCUGAAGAAGCAGGAAAAAAGAAAAAUGUAAAGCAAAGCAAAGCAAAAAGAUACGUCGGAUCAAAGUACAAGAAAGAUUGUAUUUUUCUGGCUGGGGUUGAUGGGAGCUGGCAUGUGGAGGGCACCAGAUCACAGAAAGCUGGCACAGAGACAUUUAAGACAUUUUUUGUUUAAAGGAAUAAACACAGCACAAUACACAGAGAGAACACAACUCUAGCAAAAAUGGGCUAUUCCAAGUUUCAUUGAACCCAGCGGGAACUUAAGUGGUUAACGGUGCUUUCUCACUUCCUUGGAAUUGAGGAGGCUUCAGUGCCUCUGGGUUUGUUGCCUAUAAAUCAUGGAGAAACUUUCUCCCUGUCUUUUGGGCUAGGGAAGCAGAAGCUAGCCACUUUUAUUAUUUCCUCAAUCGUAAGUGAUUCAUUAACACAGAAGUAAACCUGAUCAAACCACUUCUCUUCUACAACAAAAGUAAGCGGCAUAAAAUAAAAAAAGAGCGUAGUGCUUACCAGAAUGGGGCUUACCAGUGCUUUUCUGUCACUUCUCGUCAAGAGAACUUUCCCCUUUUUACCACCACCUUGCGUUGAAGAGCCACAUGGAUCAAUUCGAGUCCUGGCUGCAGACAAAUAUGAUUUCAGCAAGUACCCAAGGCCAAACAAGACAUGCUUCUUCCUUGUAAUGCCAAAUGGAAAUGGCCACCAUAUACACAUUCCUGCCCCUCUGUAACAUCUACUGUACAUCGCUGUAUGCAGCCCAUAACGUUCUAUGCUUGUCCACCUGCAUGGGGCAGGAAGAUACCACAAUAGCCAAUUGUGAUGAAGUUCUGCUUUAUGUUGUUGCUGUGAGGAGAUAGACACAUGGCGGCCAUUUUCAGCGCCGAGUGGAUAAAAAAUUAUGGGUCUGAAUAUAAGCCGUCCCCAAAUCUAGCCACUCCCUAUAUGGAUUUGUUAAAUCAAGGUAUCUCUAGCUAUAAGAGCACAAUCGUAGACUGUAUUCAGGUUUUAUACAAGCCAGAUUUUGGGGAGGGGCAGGAGAGCGUGGCCUAUAUUCAGACCACUACAGCACUUAGCAGAUCUAGUUGGCCCUGAUUUUUGACAUUUACUGAAACAGAAUUCAUAUUUUAAAGCAGCCGCAGAUGGAAUUUCUCCACAAGGUGACCAAAAUAAGUUUACCUUAGAGUGGAAAAUUAGUAAUAGGAGUUGAAUGAAUACAACUGCAGUGAAUUGAUACAAUAACCAGCUUUUUUCUUAAAAGCUCGCUGUUAGUUUUAAAUGCUUUCUUCAGUGGUCUCCUUUUUUCUUUGGGCAUUUUUGCAAAGGUGUAGUGUCUAGUAAUGUUUUCUUAUAUUCUAUGGCACUAUGUAUUUGUCGUUUCUCUGUUGUCUUUUGUACAGAUGCAGUAAGAAUUUAUUGUUACCUGGGCUAGCAGUUUUCCUUAUACACCCCUUACUGGCAAUUUGAUACAGAUUUGAUACCAGUUAGCCAAGGUAUCUUUUUUAUAGCUUAGCAAUUUAAUUUUUUUUAAAGGACCUUACCUUUUACUCCAUUUCUUGAACUUCGUUGUUUUUUUCUUAUUAAACAAUUGUCUUUUGAGUUUGAAGAGUGAAAGUUUACCCCAUGCAACAUUUUAUAUAUUUUGAAAAAGCUGACCUAGUCAUUGCAAAGAUGCUUCAUUUACAAAUACUGCUUGAAGAGACAGAAAUGGAUGAAAGUAGUUGUCAGUGAAAAGCCUUAAAAACCUGCUGAUUAAAAACAAACAAACUAGGACACCAGGACCACAAUCUAGUGACCCUCUUCCACAUGCAAUAACAGAAUUUAUCCAUGCUGAGUACCCGUUUUCUUGGUGCAAGACUUUUGCACAAUAAUACAAGCAAAUACAUUCAAGCAACAUACACUACAAGCAAAGCCCAAUGGGUCUUUUCAUAUGUAACAUCCCUGGCCCAGUAAACCAUGGUUUUUUAAACUAGGAACAUGGCUCUCCCCUUGCAUGUCAUCCUUAGCACUUCAAUCCUGGUUUGAUUAAAAUCUAGUUCCUAAUCAUAUCCAAACUUAGGAGCUGUGAUGCCAGUUUAUUAACCAGGAUCUUAAACUACAGUUUGAACCACAUUCAAGAAUGUAACCUGACAUCAAACCACAGUUCCCUGUUUCGGACAUGAGCCAUAGUUUAUACAGACCAGGAUAUAAGUGCCAAGCAGGUGUACAAAGAGAGGAAGCAAGGGCAGAGUUUUCUGGCUUGGCACUUGUUCCUAUCUUCAUAAACUAUGGUCUAUUGAAUGUCUGAACUGCGCCUAAUUGUACAUAAGCUUCUUUUUUCACUCGCCACUCUGUGGGUUGCAGCCCCUGCUGUUAUUUUCAGAUGUGAAUUGUGUCUAUGCAGUGCAGGUGAUUUAGCCAAUACUAUGGGAUAAAGGACCACCAUUUAGUUGUAGUAGGCUUUGCACUCAAAGCAAG